AUAGUGACAUCAAAACAAACCUGAUUGCGAAACGUAUUGUUUACAGUUUUCCAUAUACAUUUUCCUGUUACUUUGCGCAAGAAAAGCAUUUAAACAUGAUUCGCGUUAGAUCCGUAUUAUCUUCUGUUCUUAAUCUGCAGCGUCAAGUGCAUACGACCAGUGUCAGAUCGCUGAACCUGGUUCCAAUUGUGGUUGAACAGACGGGUCGAGGAGAGCGAGCAUACGAUAUCUUUUCCCGGCUUCUGAAGGAACGUAUUAUCUGUUUAAUGGGCCCCAUCCAUGACGAUCUCAGCUCCCUGAUUGUGGCUCAGUUGCUGUUCCUGCAGUCCGAAAACGGAACGAAACCAAUCCAUAUGUACAUCAACUCUCCGGGAGGCAGUGUCACUGCUGGGUUGGCCAUUUACGACACAAUGCAAUACGUAAAACCACCGGUAGCAACGUGGUGUGUUGGCCAGGCCUGUUCGAUGGGCUCACUCUUGUUGGCUGCUGGCGCCCCAGGAAUGCGUCAUUCAUUGCCCAAUGCCAGGAUCAUGAUCCAUCAACCCUCUGGUGGUGCCCAGGGACAGGCUACCGAUAUCCAAAUCCAGGCCGAAGAAAUACUCAAACUAAAGAAACAGUUAACAGAUAUCUACGCCAAGCACACCAAGACUGAAUACGAUGUGCUGCAUUCUAAAAUGGAGCGAGACACGUUCUUAAGCCCUGAAGAAGCUCAAAAGUUAGGAAUCAUAGAUACUGUACUGGAACAUCCUCCUUCCACAACGGAAACUUCCUCUUAAUGGUGUAGGAUAUUGAAAAAGCCUAAUACGUUGACAAUUCAGAAGAUAUAUAUUACUUUUGAUUCCACAUUGAAUGAUUAUAAAUAGUAAUUGAAAUUAUGAAA